UGAAGUUUGAACUUGAGACCUUGGAUGAUCCGGGAAUCAUAUUGAAGUCAUAUUUCUGAAAGCAAUAGAUAUACCAAUGCAGGUUGACCCUGAUGAGGUAAAUGCUUUAGCACAAUUGAUGACAUGGAAGACAGCAGUUGCAAAUAUACCCUAUGGUGGAGCCAAGGGAGGGAUAGGGUGUGAUCCCGGGGAGUUAAGCAUAUCAGAGCUGGAGCGUCUGACCAGAGUUUUCACUCAAAAGAUACAUGAUCUUGUCGGUGUCCACACCGAUGUUCCAGCACCUGAUAUGGGAACAGGUCCACAGACAAUGGCAUGGAUACUAGACGAGUAUUCUAAGUUUCAUGGCUACUCACCAGCCGUAGUAACGGGGAAACCCAUUGUA